UUGGCCCGCGCGUUUGUCGCGGAACCGGGGGAUGUGCGAAUUCUCGAGAAGAGAACCCCCCGCGAGUGACGGCAACGGCUCAUGACCGAGUGUGGGUAUGGAUGCGGUGGGUCAUCGGCCACCGAGAGAUCCGCUCUCUCUCUCGUCGCCAGUCCCCACUCGAACCUCUCACUCUCUCUUGCCAUGAGCAAAUCAGUCGCGUUCAUCACUGGGUGCUCGAACGGCGGCAUUGGGGCGGCAUUCUGCAGAAAGUUGCUCGCAAAAGGGUACAUCGUCUACGCCACCGCACGGUCCAUCCAGGCCAUGUCCGAGCUCGAGCACGAAAACGCGCGCAAGCUCGUGGUGGACGUCACGGAUGACGCGUCCGUCGCAGCGGCCAUCGACACCGUGUACGCCGAGACGGAGGGCAUCGACCUACUCAUCUCGAACGCCGGGUUCUCGCAUAUCGGACCGCUGCUGGACACGCCGUUCGAGGAGGGCAUGCGCGUGAUGCAGACGAACUUCUUCGGCCUCGUGCGACUCGUCAAGAACGUCGUCCCGCGCAUGGCGCGCCGCGGGCACGGAACGGUCGUCGCCAUCGGCUCGAUCCUCGGUGAACUUUCGACCCCGUUCCAGGGCUUCUACAACGCGAGCAAGGCCGCGCUGCGGUCGUACACGGAGACGCUCCGCAUGGAGUGCAAGCCGCUGAAAGUCAAGGUGGUGCUCGUCGCACCGGGCUCGAUCCGCAGCAACAUCUCGGCGAAAUCAGCAUACACGGCGCCAGAGGACUCGUUCUAUAAGUCAUUCGAAAAGCAGAUCAAGCACGUCAUGUACCAGAGCCAGACGGCCGACUACGGGGUCAUGGACACCGAUCAGUUCGCCGCCGCCAUCAUCGGCGACGUCGCCUCUGCGAACCCGUCAGCUUAUAUUUCGCUCGGCGGUUUCACGACAAAAAUGUGGCUGCUGCAAUGGCUGAAGCGCACGUGGGCGCUGGACUUGAUUUGGAACCUCUCCAAGGCUGAGCCGAAAGCUGGUACUUAUGGUCCCAUGUAG